AUGGCUUCUGAUCUGGCCUUCUAUAAGAAGCGCUCUCAGAAAGCUGAAGAGAAAUGUCUCAUUCUGGAUGAUCAGCGGCGACAAAUUGAGAGCCUAGGGAAACUGCCUCAAAAUGUGACAAGAAUUUUGAAAGAAAACAUUCGGACAAUCACAAUCCAGGACGGGAAGCUCAAUGAUCGAGCGAAUCUGGAAGGGUAUCUUUCUUUUAGCAAAGCCCCAAAUGCGGAGUCAAACUCAGAAAGAUUCAUCAAGUUGUUCCAAAACCUAAAGGAUAGCAUCGCUCGAGUGCUCGUCAUGGAUGACGCUAGGGAGCAUCCCAUCGAGAGCCUCCUACGUAAAUCGGCCGACUUGGAUGGUCUCUUGUCCAGCGUGUUUGGUAUCGACACUCACUGCAAGCUCGAAGGAGUACCAAACGUCUUUCCGAUAUUGACCUCCUUUGAGCUUGUACCAGCUCUCACAGGAGCUUCCAUCUGCGACUGGGUGUUUGGAGCCGAAUUCCAAGCGCAUGUGAUGCGCACUGCACCGCUUUUGGAACAGUAUCGCAGCCUCAUCAGUAUUUGGUGUGGCCAAGAGAGUCUCUUCCACUUGGACCUUGCAGUUCAUCGGUCCAUUAUAGAGAGUGAAAGCUUCAAGGAAGUCAUCAUUCCAGAGAUGAGCAAAAUGUUCAGAGACCGCCUCACAAGUGCACUCCACCCUCUCUUCAGAAAACGCUUGAGACGCAAAGCCAUCAGGAAAUUGCAUUCUUCGUUAAGCGACGUGUUCAGAUUGGCAGUAGAGGUUCGCGCAGAGUCUUUGUUGAGCGCAAAUCACUUCGAACUGAUAUGGCCUGCAGCAGAAUCAGCGGCCAAUGAAGCAGAUAUGGAAGCGAUGACUUCACACCCAAUAGCCAAUGGGGAGAUAGUGAAGUUGCCUGUCUUUCCAGGUCUACGCGCAUUCCGCAAGGAGAGGGCGAUGGUUGAAUAUUGUGGAUUCGCAAAAGGCGCAGGGUCCGAAACAACUCGAGAUUUCGUGGUGAAAGCAUUGGUACUCAGAUGA